AUGCAGAUGAAAGACGAAUGGAUUCAGGAAGACAACGUUUACAGCAAUCCUUUGCUUAGACUGACCAUAACCGGGCUGAAGUACUAUGGAAUUUUGCUUUACAAGAGCCAACCGUGGAAAAAAUUGCACUGCUUCCGCGGUGUGUUCUUCACGGCUUCAAUGUUGGCUUUUAACAUUACGCAGUACGUUAAUCUCUAUCAAGUGUGGGGAGACAUCGCAGAAAUGACGGCCAACGCCGCUACUACACUUCUUUUUACCACGACAAUCGUACGAGUUUUACAUUUUUACUGGAAUCGUACUAGAUUCAACAACGCUAUAAAAACAGCCGACGAAGGAAUUAUGACCCUACUUCGCUCGGGAAGUGUCCCGGAGCAGGCGGUUAUCUGGGAAAACGUGAAGUAUAUGAAUCGCUUGACAGCAGUGUUUUGGGCUUGUGCAUUGAUUACGGCCAAUAGCAUGUGCGUUUACUCGUUAAUUCAAUAUCAAAAUUUGAAGUCGAUGGAUUUGUCCAACUCCACAAACUCCUUCGAUUCACCUACAAUACUAAGAUCAUGGUAUCCAACGGAUAAUGUCUUGGACAGCUUUGCGAUCAUCUACUGCAUUCAACUAUAUAUCAUGUACGUUGGUCAACUGAUUGUCCCUUGCUGGCACGUGUUUAUGGUUAGUUUGAUGAUGUAUGCGAAGGCUUCAUUGAUGUCUCUGAACCUGAAAUUGACCCGCCUGGACCACUAUGAGAUAUCCGAAAUGCAAAGCGGAUGCCAGAAGAAAGGUUGCCAACAUUCACUUAGAAGACAACUGAUUGUGGAAUGCGUUCAACAGCAGCAUCAAGUGUACAAGUUCAUUGGAGAGCUGGAAAAAUUGACACGAGGUGCGGUGUUCAUGGAUUUCGUGGUGUUUUCUGUCCUACUUUGCGCGUUACUAUUCGAAGCUUCUUCUACAAACUCAGCAGUUCAAAUAUUUAUAGAUAUUUGCUACAUUAUGACUAUGACAGCUAUUCUUUUUCUCUAUCACUGGCAUGCUAAUGAGAUUCACUAUCAGGCAAAUCUCCUCUCCAAUUCGGCCUUUAUGAGCGACUGGUACAACUAUCCGCUCUCGGUUAACCGCCAUUUACUCACAUUCAUCUCCUACAGCAAUAAGCCGCUUAAAAUGAAAGCCUUCUUUGUUUCAAUGUCAUUGGAUACCUUUUUAGCGAUUCUUCGAGCUUCUUACAGCUAUUUCACAAUCCUGAAACAAGCAGCCGGCUAAUUACUCUGAGGAAUUUUCACUCAAGCUUUUCUAAACAGUCUACUGUUUAUUCAUCAACGAAGGACCAACAAAUUGAAAAUCUUACUCAACAACACUCCAGAUGAUUCUGUGGAAAUGCUGUUACUAAUUCAUUUAAUUAAACAAUAGCACCUGUUUCUGCACAAAGUAUCAACUCUAUAUCACCAAAGUGGCAGCAAUGGCACUUGUAACUGAAAUGGAUUGCGUCUCACCUAGAGUAACAUCACUAUAGAAUUGCCCCGCCCUUCUCGUUUUGUGUACGGUUUUCUAUCUGAGAAAAGCUCCAGCGUACCGGAGCCUGAGAAGUGACAGACAGUCGAAUAAAACCUUAUUUUAUCAAACUGCAGAUCAUCGUUUCGAAAAUUGAUACCCCCUUUGCCUUUGUCUUCUGUGCAAGCCCAGCAAACACAAGAUCGUAUA